CAGCAUGAGGGAGACAAGUACAAAAUUUGCAAAACUCGCUGGCUUACGGGAAGGCAAGGUAUGAACCACAAAGCAUGAACAACUAGGUAUGAAACCCACAAGGCAUGAACAUCAUAGCAUGAGAGCCAAACACUAAGCCUGGACACAGAACAAUGACCCAAAAAAGACAGCGUGAGGGUGAGAGGUAUGUAAACCCAGGCUACCAGGUGACACCAGUGAGAAGAACAACAGACACAGGUGUCUGUGAUGACACUGAUUAACUCUAAAACACACAGCAGGAGGGCAGGGUGACAGGCAGACUUUCACAUUAGCACAUUAGUAGUAUAGUAGUAUAGUAUUAUAGUAGUGGUAUUAGUAUUAUACCAGGACAACAGUGUAAAAUAACACUUUUAGCUAAUGGACCAGUGAUCAAUGAAUGUGGGCAUCAGGGGUUUUUUGUGGUAAUGUCAUUUGCUAUACCAAGUUGGCAAAUAUAUGAUCACAGCUCAAUGACCAAAGGCCUGAUUAAAAAAUAAUUUUAAUAAAUCAUUUUAAAAAAGGAGACAUUGCAAAUAUUUAACAAAAGAUUGUUAUGGUCAAAACAUUUGUGCUGUAACCUAUUUUAUCUCAAAUUUCAACACACACACAUUAACAUUUAUUAUUAUUUCGAUUUCGGGUUUAGGGCAAUGUUUUUAACGUUUUCUGUGCUUUUACACGUUGUGCAAACAACCAUUUAAGUGUUGACUGUGGGGGUGUGGCGGUCUAUUAUUUAAACACUAUCACAUAGUCGUAAUAUUUUUGGUUGAUAACUAUGCCUUAAACUCGUCCCGCCCGCGGCAGCUAACCCCGUACACAUACAAGGGUUCCCUUAGUAUUAUCAAGCCACAGUAACGUCCACACGUUAAUUCAGCUAAAUAACGUCGUAAAAAUUAAACUUUCAUAAAAACUGACGAACUUCCAACGUCACCGUGUCAGAACCUUUUAAGCCAAAAACGAGGUUUAAAAAGCAGGAAACGGCAAGGAUAAUGCGACGACGGCAGCAAAGCAACAUGACAAAUGAUAACUGAUGUAAAACACAUACAAUAAACAAAAACUGGAAAUGUUUCUGUAAACGAAACGAAACUGACAAUCCCUUCCAACAUGAACAAUGACUUUUGGACCAGCGCCUUGGUGCCAAACCCCAACAAGACUGAGAUUCCCAAACUUAUCCUACGGAGAGUCCCAGCACCUGCUCCUGGCAGAGAAUCUUCAUCCUCCGCUUGUGUCCCUUCAUCUCCCACAAGAACAGAUGUUCAAACCACUCCACCACAAAAUAAGGACUUUGUUUGGACCAGCAACAUGGUGCCAAACCUAAACCACCCUAACAGCCCAAAGAUGAUUUUUCGGAGAUUCCCAGCCCCCAGGUCCAAGGGGGACUCUUCAUCAAGCUCCUCUCCCUCUCCACACAGCUCCCCCAGUCCAAAACAACAGUGUAAAACAACUCAUGAGGGAGGCAGAAAGGUAAAAGUGGGCAAAGUAAAACCCAGACGUCCUCCAGGGUCAAGACGUUCCCUCCAAAAACCAACUGCAGGUACCAAGCAGCCAAGAUUGGUAGGCCCCAGACCAACGUGGGUCAGAAAUAUCAAAGCCAUCCUCAAGGAACGUAACACACAGAGUGGCAAAGGAUGGAGAAUGCAACCAGGGCACGUUGAGCAUAAGUCUCCAGCCAGGAGUACGUCACCUGCCUCUUCACCCAGGCUUCAGCCACGUUCACUCCUCACCUCUGGCAGAGAAAAAGAGACACCCAACUGUCCUGCAGGAAGAGGACUUUCUGUACAGACACCAAUGUCAGGUACCCAGCAGCCACUUGGGUUUAUGUCUAAUCCAGGUCAGAACAAAGGCAGCAAUAGGGCAGGGGGCCAGCAGAGGCGUAAACUUCCAACCAAAAAAACGUCUCCACCUGCUUCUCCACCCAAGCAUGCUACUCUAAAUUUACUCUCCAGCUCUUCUUCUUCCUCAUCUUGUUCACUCAGCUCUCGCUCCACAAGUCCAGAACUGCAGGAUCAGAGUAUACAACUAGAGAAGCUGCUGUCCAAGAAAGAGGACGUUUAGAAGAUCUACUGUACUGGAUAAAAUGUCUAAAAUCUCAAUGAACUCCGAGGCUCCUGCAAAACCCAAAUGAAAUAUGCCUAGAUAGGCCUCUGUAGCACACACAACUUUCCCCUUAGGCCAUCUUACUUAUUUAAACUGCUUAAUUUCAGACAAAUGUAUAACAGAUAGUCCUAGUAUUAGUUAUAGUAAAUGGUAAUUAAAAAAACACUUUAUUUAUUUAAAUUAAUUAUUCUGGUUAGAAUUUGUUCAAACAUGGUCGGUGAAUGCUAAAGCUGCUUUAAAAAACUGUUCUGAGAGCGUUACGUUAAAUCUUCUCCCUUUGAAA